AUGGAGCCCCCAGAGCACUCAGCUGCCCUCAAGGAGCCCCCAGCGUCUUCAGAUGCCACCAGCUAUGGCGGCUUCUGCUGCUACUGUGUGUCCUGUGCUCACGGGCUGUGGGGUGAGAGCCGUGAGGUGCUGGUGGGUCAGGGCGGGAGGCGACCGUGGCUGCGGGACGCUUACUGCUGUCUCUCUUCCAGAGCGGUCAGGGCUCUGCGGCUCGCGGGCUGGACUUCCCGAAGCUUGCAUCCGCCGCCCCGUGACCGGUCUCCAGUUCAGUCUGCAGACAGGGAAGAGGAGGAGGAAGACCCCAACCUCCCAAUUCAAUUUUCCGGCAGCAAAGCCACCCCAGUCCGCUGGACGGUGGAGCAUUCCCUGGGGAAGCAGCAGCAGCGGCCCUGGUGGAAAGUGCUGCCGUUCACCCUUCCCCUUGUGGUUCUGAUCAUAUGGUGCUACCGGAGGGAGGAGAGCAGCACGGACCAGUGGUUGAGACAGAUUUUGGAAGAGGAGGACGAGAAAGAGCCGGAAGGUCCUCUGGAGGAGCUUGAAGCUCCGGCCAUCUACGGGGCUAGAACGUAACAGUGUUCGUGCUGAGGAAGGGAGUAGGCAGCCAUCCUUCUGUUUUGUCGUCAAAUUUGACGAUUUCUGAACUGGUUCUGCGCAUGUCUUCGUUGCUUAAAGGACUUGGAUGGCGCUCUUGUCGCUGACACAACACAGCGCAAAAUUGAAGGCUCGAAAUCUGAUCUUUGCUCGACACCAAUGCCCAGUGAUUACGUCCAAAGAACUUUUGAGGUUCAUAGAAAAGGUUUCGGGUGCACCGUGUGCUGUUGAAUUUGUGAUGUGUUUGUACAGCCUAAUUAUGUUUCCCGAGCAGUUCUGGGGGAGAUGUUACCUGCGGUUUAUUCGCUUUCUGAGACAGGCUAACUGCAUAAGUGUACAGAGCUAUGGUGUGUGCAACAUCAGUUGUAGCUACUUUAAAAACUAACAAAUGGAAAGUACAUUUGGUAAAGUCUAAAGAACUCAAUUUUCUCCCCUUUCAUCAAGUGGGUUUUGUUUUGUUUUGAGACACAGUCUCCCUAGAUAGCUCUGGCUGGCCUGGAACUGGUUAUGUAGACCAGCCUUGCCUCAGACUUAAACAUCAGCCUACUUCUGCCGCCACAUUUUUUUUCUUCUGCUGCUCGUAAUUCCCACUUGAGAACCUAGAAACUUGCCAGAAGUGGUAGUGCAUGCCCAUAGUCUCAUCACUUAAGAGACUGAGGUAGGGGGAUCCUAAGUUUGAGGUCUGCCUGGGUUACAUAGGGAGACCCUGUCCCAAAAAAAACAAAACAAAAAUCAUUUUUCACCGACAUAGUGGGUUAUUUGUUUCUGUCUUUUGACAGUGUUGGGGGCUGAACCCAGGAACCUGUCGUGCUAGCCUACCUAUGAGCUCUAUUUUCAGCUCACAUAGAAUCGUUCUUGAAAAAAAGAAGUCAGAUUCCUCUGUGCCACCAGGCUGAUAACUUGUGUGCAGUAGUGUCUGCAGUUGAGCAGAAGAAGUGAGCACACUUACUGCAUGUGUACAUUGUUGGUUUCUUUUUCCUUUUUCUUUCUUUUUUUCUUUUUUAAGACAGGAUUUCUUUACAUAGCCCCAGCCAUCCUGGAAUUCUGGCUGUAAACCCAGCUGGCCUUGAACUCAGCAAGUAUGUAUAGUGCCAUACUUGUUGCUCCUAUCUCUCAAAUAGACUGUCACUUGUAUUUUCCCCAUUGUUCUCAGCCUGGUGAAUUCUCUGGGUGAGUGCCCAGUAAACAUCAGGUAGGGAGAUGACCUGUAAAUAUAAGCCAGCUGCAUGUUCAAGACGGUAGAUAAACUGUUGGGCAGAAAGAAAUGAUUAAAUAAAACAUGUUCUUUU